UAUGUUUUUGUAGGGGACAGCCUAAUGAUGACAUUGUAUCCUGUACCAAUGCUGACUGUCCAUAUGGACAAUUCCAUACUAAAUGCCUUUCUUUACAUAAUGUGAAAAUGCCAAAGCAAUGGUACUGCCCUCACUGCUGUAAACUACCACAGCUCAAAAAACGGGCAAAGGCUAAAGUUGCACCAUCUCAGGUAAACCAGGCUGCUAUGUUAAAAACUACAAUUUGUAUCUGUAAUGAAAAGGCAACCAUGACUGAUAGACUCAUUGAGUGCCACAAUGUAAACUGCAGCAAUGGAAAUUUCUUCCAUCUGAAAUGCUUGGGGUUGAAAAGAAUGCCUAACAAUUCCAAGACAACAUGGCUAUGUAAUAUCUGCCGAGGAAAAAAGGGCAACACAAUGCCUUGUGAUAAACCUACCACUUCUACUUCUACAACACCUAUUACAAAUCCUAAAUCACCUGCAACAACAUCAAACUUAUCAGAUGAUGAUGAUAAUGAUAGUGAAGAUGAAAUAGAAAUUACAAAAGUGUCAACUAGUUCUGGUUCUGUUAACAAGUAUGCUAUUCUGGCUAAUUUAAACAAUGCAGAUUAUGACAUCAUUAGUGAUCCUGCUGGAUGGCUUACUAGUGACAUUAUCCAAUAUGCUCAAGUCCUGAUAAAAGAAGUUAACCCAGCAAUUGAGGGCUUACAACGACCAACUCUUGGAAGAGUCAGAAACUUUGAUGUAGUGUCUAGUGAAUUUAUUCAGAUUCUACACACUGGAAGUGAUCACUGGGUCUGUGUUAGCUCACUGGGCUGUCCACCUGGAUAUGUUCACCUGUAUGAUAGUUUAUAUCAUGAUGUUAUAAGUCAAGAAAUAGAGGAACAAACCAAUGACCUCCUAGGUGGAAGUUUGAUUAGUUUAGAUUUUGUACCCGUCCAGCAACAGAGCAAUGGUAGUGACUGUGGGGUUUUUUCAAUUGCAUUUGCCACAUGUUUAGCUUUUGCUACUAAUCCAAGUCACUUUACUUUUGACAUUCCCAAAAUGCGCUCACACUUAUUAUCAUGUCUCAAAGAUGAGACAAUUAGCAUGUUUCCAUCCUUCUAAUUCUUGAUAAAUUUUGUAAUUAGAGUGCAAACAAUGCAGCCAUUGAGCUAUCCACAAAACCUGUCUAGUAAUACUAAAUAGUGCGAUCUGUUGUUUACUAUCCUUAAUUAGCACUAUUCUGCAAUAUUUAAUCCUUUUUAUUUUGCAGUUAAAUUGUUUUCAAUCUAAAUGCAGUAAAAAUCACUGAAUUUUGUAAAUAACAAAACAUAUUUGCAUGUCCAUUGGUGUAAAAUAAUGUGAAAUCAUUCACAAUGAUACAUAAAAUUUACAAUAAUUUGCCAUAGAAUUUACCAGAGAUAUGAAUUUAAGCAAUAUUGUCAUGUUUUGAAAUAAUUUUGCUAAAUAUUGAAAUUAUUUUGUUCCUGUUCUUAAUAUUAUAUUGACAAUGUGCAAGAUGACUUUAGAUAUAUAAAUAAUAUUUGAUUCAAAAAUUCAACAAUCUUGUUGUUGCUUUUUAGUUUAAAACCAGUCACUAUGAGUUUGUUAUUUGCCAACUUAGACAUGCAUUUACAUCAUAGAUUUUUAAAUGAUUAACACUUGUUUACAAAAAAAACUUUUUGUUAACAUAACAUAUAUCUUUGCUGUUUUAGAUCACCUGAUAAGCAGCUAAAUAAUUUUGUCCAAUAGCGCGAUAACACUUAAACCAUGAAAUAACUAAAAUAUGUCUACUAUUAACUAUAGAGACAAAUAGUAGCAAAAUCCUUUGUUUUCUAUUGCUUAAUUAGUACUAUUUGUACUUUUUAGUUAGUCCUUGUUUCACAGUUUCAGUGCUAUUGCUUUAGUUAGAAUGAUUUACAUUAACCUUUGAUAUAAAGUAUGGUGAGUAGCUGUACAAAUAAAAGAACACAAAUGGA